AUGAGACGCCAGUAAACCGAGAAAGGUCAUCACUGAGUAAACAACCGGUAAACCAACAUGUACCCGGGUCUCUGAGAAAGUUGAAGCCAGCUAAGACGUUCAUAUUUAACUGAUAGGUUACGUCGUUUUUUACGUUUGAUUAGCGUCUGUUUAAUCCGGCGUGUUUCCCUUCGACAUGGAUUAUGAUGAGCUGGUGACUGCUGUGGAGGGGCUAAAGGCUCCUAAAGCUGAGGAGAAACAUUAUGAGUGGCAGCUGUUUGUAGGAGGUCAGUGGCUGCGGAUUGACAACAAUCACGUUAUCGAGACUCACUACUGCCACCCUGGAGCUAAAGCAAUCACCAUCAACACCAGCAAUGGGAAGGUGUUCAUAGACUUCGAUACGCUACAGACGCUGAAUUCAGCGGUGAAGGUGCAGAGACUGAGCUUCUUACCUCCAGGACAGACAGAGGACGUAGGCUGGUACUUCAGAGAUGACCAGCUGUGGCGUGAAUAUGGAUCCCAGAGCUCCAACAGGUUGGCCUCCACCAUCAGCAGCAGAGACGUGGAGCAGCAGUUCACUCUCAACCGUCAGGGAUCCUUCAACUUCACCGUGGGAUCGACCAGCUACAACCUCGACUUCCCAACCAUGACACAAACGAACAGCUCUACAGGGAUGCGCAGGAAGGUCCGCAGGCGUCCAAAAUUCACAUCUAAGAAAGGAAGCAUUCGCUCCACCUCGGCUAGGACGGUGCCUGCCCCAUCAAAGCUCACCAAUGGAGGCUACAAGUGGGAGUUCAUGGGAGACGAAGGAGUGUGGAUGGAAUACCAAGCAUACAUCUGUACCUUUGACAGCAAUGCAAUCGAGACGCAGUACCAGCUCAAUCCACAAGGCCAGCUUCAAUUCAAGAUCAACAGAUUCACAUACACUCUUGAUUUCGCAGGUAUGUGUCAAGUCAAUAACAAAAUCAGGACUAAAAGAGCAGUGAGGAGGACCGCUGUGGAUGAGAGUCAACAGAACACCAAUUCAGGCACACCACGAUGGCAGUUUCUCGAUAUUGGUGGAAUAUGGAGAGACUACAUUAUUGGACCUCGCCAGAGCAGCGUCUCCAGUCAGGACAUCGAGCUCCAGUACCAGCAGGACCCAACUGGGAUCAUGAAGUUUCAUACCAGUCAGUUUCACUAUGAACUGGACUUCUCAGCCAUGACUCAAAAAAACCUGUCAACAUACACCACCAGAACAGUACGAAGGCUCAACCAGUGACUGAAGAUGUCGGAUUCAGGGCUUGAACAUCAACAAAUAGUGAGUUUCCACCAAGCAGUCUGGUUGGGUUAGUACAGUUUGAUACAGUUACAGUAAACCCAGAUCGUAACUCUUUUUCCACUGCCAGCCUCCGUGUAGAUCAUUGGAUUCCACCAUGAUGGGAAGCAAAUAUUUUUCAGACCAGUCACCACCUGAUGCAAAUCUAGCUCCACUCUUAGGGUGGGAUAGGGGCCCAUGAUACCCAAUGAAAGAGUGCCACAAAAAUAGGACGGUAUACAUCAGCUAUUUUAGUAUUUUUCUAGACUCCUGACCAAAAAAAAAUCAAAUAAUUGCGUACCAUAUCCAACAGAACUGAACCAAACUGCUUGGUGGAAACACAGCUAACAUCACAAGGACCUCACUGCUUGUCUCAGGUUAAAAGGAUUCAGUCAUAUGUUUACAAGCUGCCUGACCGGACCCAACUUUUUAUUUAUAUUUGAUAUUUUUAAGAUGAAUUAAUAAAAUAGAAUAUAGCUUUUGUUUACUUUUAUUAGAUAUGAUUUUUGUUUGUAACUGCCAUGACUGCUACUGUUAAAUGUCUGCAAUGCAAAAUCAGUAGAUAUUGUCUUAAACUAAGGCGAAAUGUAAAAGUUUAAGGGCGUAUAUUUAACCAUAGGUAUGGAUAAGGUAUGUUUACUCAGGGUUCAUAUUAUUCUGACUUUUUGUUUGUUUUGUUUAAAUACUACAUAUUAAUGUUUUAUAUUUAGAAAAUAAACAGUACUGUGCAGAACCUUUAGGCAUGUUUGGGCCGGAUAUUGAGGCCAGUAGAUGUGGCCAGUAAGCUUCCUGAGGUAGGAAGGACGAUUGACACAAUCCCAGUCAUGCUCUGGAUGUCCUUGCACAUUACCAGGGGCAUGGGAAAAUAAUCUUGAAAAAUAGCAAAGUUCCUUACCUUUAGGGUGGAGUAAGGGGUGGAUGUGGCAAAUAAGCAUGGACUAGGGUACUGUCUGGGUGGGUAGAAGGGUUGUCACUAGCCCUUGGUCUUGCUGUGGAUGUUACAAGGGCCUGAAAACCACCAGUGGUCUCUGCUCAAUCACCAUGUGUGAAAAAAGCCUGCACAAAUGAGAUGCCGUCGAGCUCGACCUCGGCUGCCAUGUGACCUGUGUCGACAUGUUUUGACUCCAGCCCCAGGCUGUGGCACAUCGGACCCCAUGAUGAAUCCUUAGCACCCUACAUGCCUUAAACUUAUGCACAUGACUGUAACUCUUUUAACUUUAAACCAAAGAGAAUUUUACUUUGAUUUAUCCUUCAAUGUCAGAUCCAUCCUGUCAUAAAAGGAUGUAACAUUGUCUUACAGUAAAAUGUUAUUUCAAUAAAAAUAAGGACGUCUUUUUGACAAAUACUCAAUGAUCACUUUAUUAGGCAACCUGUUCAACUGCUCAUUAGCACAAAUAUUGAAUCAGCCAAUCCCAUAGCUGCAACCAAUGUAUUUAGGCAUGUAGAUAUACAUAGUCACAAUAAUGUGCCGAAGUCCAAACCGAGCAUCAGAAUGGGGAAGAAAGGUUAUUUAAAUGACUUCUGCUGGGAUUUUCAUGCUCAACCAUCUCUUGGUAUGGUAAGAAUAGGAUAUAGUGAGCAUCAGUCCUCUGGGCAAAUAUGGCUUGUUACAUGUGUCUAUGACGAUACCAUAGAGCAUGCCAGACUGGCGACAACCAUGGCAUGUUCAUAGUUACCUACAUUACCUUUAUUCCCCUUUCUGAUGCUCAGUUUGACUCUUAACAUACCACCAUAACUAUGUCUACAUGCUUAAAUGUAUUGUUUGCUGCCAUUUCAGCUGUGUAUAUUGGCCAUAGAAACAAAUAAGUUGGUUGAGUUUUAAGACAGGAUCGAUAGGCCUAUAUCAGCUGAAUUUUUUUUAUUCAUCAUCAUUCCUUUGGCUUUAGACGUAAUACCACCUAAAAAAUUGCCUCUAAAACAGCAUUCUUUGCAAACAAGCCCCUGAAAACCUAAAGGUUUAAUAAAAACAACUGCACAGUAUUUAAACAUUUACAGAAGUCUGUUUCUCACAUGUAUUUUAGCCAGUCAUGUUGGAGUUUGUCAGAUAUAUCUUCAAACAAUGACAUAAUCAAACGUCGCUGACAUCACAUCAGCUCCAAAUGGUCUAAGGACUGAAAUUUGUUCAUCUUGAAACUUCAAAUUGCAUGUUUUAAAAACUUAAGUUUUAGGUCUGAACUACAUUUAUGUAUGAGUAUUUGCUAAAUUUAUUUGUAAAUUUCAAAUUUCGUCAAAAAUCAAAUAUUGUUUAUCCCUAGUUGCUUCAAUAUGACUGGAGGAUUAGAUACUUAUAUUAAAAUGCUGUUGAACAAGUGAUCAUUGAGUGUAAAAGCAUUGAAAUGCUCUUUUUAACCAGCAGGGGGCAUUGUCUGCUUCUUUUUGAUGUCACUGCCUGAACCAGCAGUAGUGAAACAUGUCACUUUUCAUGAACAAAAAUAUGCAGUUUUUGUAGAAACAAAAUCUAAACCUGUGAUUAAACAUGCAUUAAUUGUGUUUAUACAUAAAAUAUUGGAAUGGGAUAUUUUUACUCAAAAAUUGAUAUAAAAGUUUGUGUUAUUCAUAAACUGGCUUUAUCGCAUUCCAGUAUUUGGCUGCCUGACCAAAUUCAAAUAAAUGUACUUUAAUAUGGAGUUGGCUCCUCAUUUGCAGCUAUAACAGCCUCCACUCUUCUUGGAAAGAUUUCCCUAAAGAUUUUGGAGUAUUUUUGUGUGAGUUUGUGCCCAUUCAUUCUGUAGAGCAUUGAUAAGGUCAGGCACUGAUGUUGGACGAGAAGGCCUGGCUUGGAACCUCUGUUCCAGUUCAUCCCAAAGGUUCUUGAUUUUAUAUACCUUUAGUAACAGGUCUUAUUGAAACCCCUAAAUUCAAUAAGUAGCAGGUGUGGCCAAAUACUUUUGUCCAUACAGCUCAUGUUUUUUGAGUCAUGUUUAUCGUUGCACCCCCAUUGAUUUGUCAUCAAGGCUGUCUGUUAUUAAUGCAAACGUAGAAACAUUUAACAGUCUGACGUCUUAUUUCUGAGCAA